AUGAGCAGACACAGGCUCCAGCCAAUCUUUUGCUUCGAAGCCACGUUCCAAAUUACAUCUGAUGGGGAGGCUAUCUGCACUCCAGACUCCACGCAUUUUAAAACACAAAUGCGUAAUGUGUAUCAUGUCAACCAUCUUCAGAACUAUGAUCUCAAUGGGUGGAACUGGAUUGCCGAAGGCCCGUUCCGGAACCUAUCCAGUCGCCAGUCAGCUCCGAGAGCCAAGGUAGAAUUCUAUGUCCUUCACAACCUCUGCUACCAUUUAACACCCCUGGACCACCAUCUCCCGUCAUACACAAAACUACAAUCUGCAACAAAGCAACCACCAACAAUGUCUCCAUCAUCGAGGAUCCGUUCUCUGGAGGACAAAAUAACAGCCCUUCAAAAGAAACAGUAUAGGUACGAGAACCGCCUAGACAUACUUGAGGAUACCCUAGUCAUGGGCACCGAACGUGCCUGGCCGUACGAAUUCGUUCCUGGAGUUGACAGGGAAAAGAAACAGAGGGAUAUCGCGACACUCCAGGGCAAACUUACCCGGGUUAAGAGCGACAUUGAAAAAUUGGAGAAUGAUAUUGAGGCAAUUCGGCAGGGGGACUCUGGGUCCUCAAGGAGAUUUUGGCGUUGA